CGGAGAGAAGCAUACAGUGGCUGGAACAGUUAAGAAAAGGAAUUAUAGUUGAAUGCAGUCCAAGGCAUGUGGUAGCUAAGCAACAGAACUUUAAACUCUGUAUUGAAAGGCAGCACGCAGACACACCUCCUUUUCCAUUUUUCUAAGGAGGCAGUUUACAUUUGCAUUACUUUGCUAGUGAAAGACGUUCCCAUCUGCAGGGAAAAGCUUCUUGCAGGGUGAUGACUUCAUUAUAUGGAGAAGGUUUUCGGGGUCUCACAAUUAGAUAAAUAAUUUAACUGUAAUUAUACAAGGGUAAGGGGUACAAGUACUACAACUUUAAGUCCCACUUCCUGUUGGUAAAACUGCGUUCUUGUGAGAUUGUUUACCAGUUCCUCGCUCUAAGGACCAAUGGAAACAAUGCCAUCAGCUGCAAUCCUGGAGCCAGGACCCAUAUAUUUUUUUGACCAGCUGAAAACUAGAAAAAAAGAACGGAGCAAGAAAAUACCAGCAGAACGGCCCACUGACUUCAGUUCAUUCCACACACAUUUGCAGUGGGUAGGCUUAAUUCCCAGCUUGGUUAAAUGCAAGAAGACUGAUUGUAGAGAAGACUAUAUGGAAAGAAAUGAAGAUUCAUUUUUAAAAGAUGAUACUGAAAGAAGAGUGAAACAUCCAGUUGUGUGUCAAACAUCUGCCUAUUCCCUAUUCAAUACCAAGAGCGAGGAUCCCAACUCAAAGAUUUCUCAGAUGCCUUCAACUCUUCCAGAAGAUGAAGAUCCACAGCUGAGCCAGUUGGAUGAAUACAGAUACACAGUUCUCACCAUGUUACAGGAACUUGCAGAAAUUUUGCAUUUCUUUACUAGUUAUGAAAUAAUUUUCCCUCAGGGACUUAUAAAUGUCCUGAACUAUAGCUGGAGAGAGCUCUCUGAAGGUGCUGAUUACAGCAAAUGGUGCCGGAAGUCACUAACAUGCGAAAGCCAAAGCCUGGGGAGAGGCCAAGCAUUGGAUGAAUAUGAUAAGAUGGUUUCUAGGUCUGAAUGCAUAAGCUAUGAAACUGCUGAAAAUGCAAAAGUUCAUCAGCGUAAGAGUGGCGUUUUACAUGGUGCAAAGGAAAAAAGAAAUCUGGAAACUGCAUCAAAUAGGACUCUAGGAAACAAAGCUCCUGUUGCACAACAUGCUACCCAGUUACCUGUCACAAUCAGUUUCUCACUAUCAUCCAAACACUGUGAGGAAAGAGGUUGGAUUUUUCAGCGUUCUGACUCAAAGUCAGAAGAUCUUGACUGGAAAAUACCAUAUGUCUGGGCAGUGGAGAGACUCGGACAAGCACAGCUACAAAUAAAUGAUCAGCUAUCCAAGCUGAAAGCUGCAGGAUUUGACAAGCCAGUAAUUCUCCGCCACUAUGGUGAUGGUGGGAGAGAAAUCUUCAACAAGAAAUUUAAGAGAGAGAGCUCUAAAACAUUCACAUUUGAGCUGCUGAAUGGAAAACCACAAAUACCAACAAUUAAGCAGAUGGAUCCAGCAUGGAAAAAACUGCAUUACGGGCUAAUUGACGGCUCAUCAUUGGUUUACUAUCCUUCUGAGCAUCUGGCAGCUUGCCAAAGCUAUUCUGAUCUCCCAGGUGGGGGCGUAUACACCAACAUAUUCAGUGACUCUCCCAGUCAGACCAUACUUGGAACCUUUACACCUUCUGGGCAUGGCAGUAUUUGCUUUUCUAACAGUAACACUGUAGCAAUGAUGUUUAAUCAGCAAGGAGGCAUGAUGACUAACAAAGAUGGAGAAAUAAUCAGAAAAUGGAAAUGGCCUCGGGAGGGAAAUCUUAGUGAGCCAGUUAUAAUACAGGUUAAUGAAUACAUCACUGUGAGGAUUGCAGGGCGCUUUGCUAUUAACAUGGUCUACAAGUGGCAACAUGAAAGUGUGCGUUUGUCUUUGUCACCUGUACAGGGUACAUCUCCUCCGCAGUUAGAAGACCUGGCCCAGAUAGUCACCAGGAUUAACUUUUCAUCCAAAUCAGCAAAAGACUUCUGUAAUGAAAACAGGAAAAAAUUAAAGGAGAAAGAAACAAAGAAGGUUCAAAAGAAAGAAUCAAGGUUGGCAGAGCCACUGAAGACGCUUGAAAUUCUAGAGGAGAAUAUAAGCCACAGAAAUUAUUUCAGUGCAGCCAGAGAAUUAAGAAAGCUGCAGCAAAAGAUCAAAAAUAUUCUGGAUGACUGGAUGGAGUAUUAUCAAAUGGCUUUGGGAAUUGACUCAGACAUUCACAAAAUGCCUGAUCUUACUCCAAGAACCUUAAGAAAAUGCCAGAAUCAGUCUGUAGAUAUUCCCUUGGCUAACUCAACUGUAUGGAGACCACAGGAAGAGAGGAGAGAGGACAGUACAGCUGCCAAGUCAGAAAGCCCACUUCUGCUGGAUUGUUUCCAGCUAGCUCCUGCUUGCAACAUGCAGUGGGAGCCAUCAUCUUAUUCUCCCAGAGUUUCCACCUUACUAACCAGCAGUAUCAAUGUAGAUGUGCCACAUGUGACUCAGUUCAAUUUAAAUAAAAGCACACAUGUAUUACAGAACUUCUGCAGUUCAGGUGAUAAUGUAUUCGUUAGCGCUUGCCCUGCUGUCCUUCGGAGAAAAAUGAUGGGGCAGGAAGGAAAGCUACGUAGGUGCAGUAAUCAUCAGAUGCCAUGUGUGUCAGACCUGGAGUAUGAUCACCUUAUUAACAACCAGAUGUCUUCCCAGGAACAAAUCUUAGUGGUCUGUGUAUCUUCUUCAUUGCAAACAAACGAGGAUCCUAGGGAAGACGAAUUAGAGCAGCUAUAUGAGAAAAAGAACAGGAACAGAAGUAUGCCUUGUGUUCAGGGUCGUCUGGACUCCUUCCGCCUCCUUAAAUAUGACAUCAGCACUGCAGAUGAAUUUACAGGUCAUAAAGGCUCAUUACUGGUACAAAGGCAUAAUGUUGCUCCUGGCAUGUUUUUGAUGUCUGUUUGCUCUGUGGUGGGAGAAGGCAGGCAGGCUGGAGCUGUCCUCACUCUUCAGCCGUGUCAGAUGUACAUUCAAGGAAAGCUUAUUUUUGCCAACUAUAUUUUCAAUGGAUACAGCAAGUCAGUGAAAGACCUUCAAAAACAAAUAGCUAAGACCAGGAGUGAUUACCGCAUGGGCUACUGUUUACCGAAAGAUUUCAAAUUCAGUUCAUAGCUCCAGGGGUGCUCCAAAAGUACAAAGCGGAGAACAGCAGCUGAAAGUUCAGUUCUUCUCAAGCAAUCCGAGCACGUGGCCUGGAGGUUAAGUUAACACAAGCUCUGAAAGACUGUUUGUCAUUGUACAGAAGACUCCCAAAUCAGAGAGUGAAGCAGGAAUGGGGGUGAAAAUAAAAUCAACCAUUUACAAUACAUGCUAUGAAGCAGUCAUUGGGAACCAUCUCUUAUUCUUCUUUUAUUCAAACUGCAGUAAUAUCCCAGAGUCACAACUGGAUCAGACUCACAGGAUAGUAGCUACAAGCACAAAUGCCCCUAAGUCCCAACAGUGAUUAACCUUUACGUCUUAUGUGGUGUGAUCAUUGUCUAUUUAGUGCUCCUGCUGACAACUUGGAAACAGAAGCCAAAAAAUAAUAAUUGCACACUGAUGACUAUAAAAGGACGUGGGAUAAUUCCCCCCACCUCCCACAAUACAGUGAGGAACCCUUUAUAUAGUAAACCUUAGCUAACUCUCAGACAUAUCAGAAAGGUGUCUCUCUUUUUAUAUGCUUGCUUAGUUUGUUCUGCCAAUAAAAGCCUUAUGGAGCUGAACUGAACAAUGGCAGAAAAUAGUAGCUAAUCAGAUUACAGUUGUAUUUUUACUGAGGGAAACCUGUGUAUACCUAAAACAAAUACUGGAGAAGUAAAGAUCUAUGUAUUAGAU